ACCAUACACAAAAAGCUAUGAAUUCCACAUCCUUUCCUUCUGCCACUCAAUCCCUCUUGAAUUCAUCCAAUACUUCUUCUCUUCCAUCACAAGUUUUAUUCAAAUUCAACACCACCCAUAUUUCCACCCGACCACGUAAUAUAACCCAAUUUACAACCCGCCCACGUAAGAUAACAACCAAAGUCUCCGCCUCGGCCGCCCCCUCUUUAAUAUCGGCUCCAGAGAAGGAGACAUUGUACGACUUGCUUGGUAUCUCGGAGAACGUUACCCUCUCCGAGAUCAAACACGCUUACAAAAAAAUGGCAUUAAAGUACCAUCCUGACGUGUCGCCCCCAGAUAGGGUGGAGGAGUACACUAUGAAGUUUAUUCGGGUACAGGAAGCCUAUGAGACCUUAUCCGACCCGGAAGCUAGGUUCAUGUACGAUAAUUGUAUGGCGAACGGCUUCGCCUUUUCAGGAAAAAGAGAAACCCGGUUUGACACAAGACCCGAUGAUAAGAAACGAUGGAAGGAGACUUGGGUCGGGCAAAUAUCGGAGCUCCAGAGGCGGAGCACCCGGAGCUCCAACAGAGGGAUGUCGUGGGCUGCCCGGAUCCGGAAGCAACGGAGCGAAUCAUGUGUUAAUGGGUCGGAUUCAGCUCAAUGAGCCCCUCUUUCACUCUUUUGCUAAUAUUGUAUAUAUUAUUUUUUUUAAAACUUGUUAGAUAUUUUAUUUUUGUUUAUUUUGCUAAUACUGUAUUUAUAUAUAUUAUUUAUUUUUUGAACUUG